AUGGCAAUUGCUUUGACUGGCAGAACACUAGGUAACUUACCGAGUAAUACGAAAAUAAACUCGGAGGAGCAUGCUAAGGCAAUUAGAACUCGAAGUGGUAAGCAACUGUCGGGAAUCCAUGUAAAAAGGUCGAGUAUAAAUCAAGAAACAAAAUCUCCAGCGAUAGAGGAACCUAUAGAGCAUGAUGAGCAGAUAGAGGAAUCCACCCCAGCUGAAAAACUAGGUAAAACACAGGGUAAAACAACUGUUAACCCUCAUGAGCCUCCCAUACCUUUUCCACAGAGGCUAAAGAAACAGAAGUUGGAGCAACAAUACAAGAAAUUUCUUGAAAUGCCUAGCUAUGCAAAGUCCCUGAAGGACAUACUAUCAAAUAAACACAAGCUAUGGGAUCACGAGACAGUAAUGCUAAUAGAGGAAUGCAGCACCAGAAUUCAGAAAAAGCUCCUACCAAAAUUGAAAGAUCCAGGGAGUUUUAUUGUUCCUUGCACGAUUGGUGAAAUCUAUUUUGAUAAAGUUUUGUGUGAUCUUGGUGCAAGUAUUAACUUAAUGUCUUUAUCUGUUUUCAGGAAACUUGGCUUGAGAAAGGCUAAGGUGACUACAGUGACACUGCAACUGGCGGAUCGGUCAUUGACACAUCCCAGGGGUAUAAUAGAGGACAUGCUUAUCAAGGUUGAAAAAUUCAUAUUCCCUACAAAUUUCCUAAUGUUGGACAUGGAAGAGGACAAGGACAUUCAAUUGAUACUGGGCAGACUAUUUUUGUCAACAGGAAGAGCCUUAAUCGACUUUCACAACGGGCAGUUGAUUUUGAGACUGGGAGAAGAGCAGAUCUCAUUUAAUGUCUUCAAGGCAAUGAAACUACCUACAGAGACAGAUAGCUAUGCAUAUGAAGCUUGUAUUGCACAUUCGCAGUCAAUGCAGCCCGAUUCAGUGGAGAUGAAAACUUGUGCAAGAUUUUUGGAUACUAACCCACCUUAUACACGCAGAAGGCAUUUUGAGGAGCUUGGAACAGGACCCAUGAAACCACUACCAUCCAUUCACAGUCGCCAAAAUUAG